AUGCGUGCAAGUCAUAUGCCCUCGUUGCCAGAGAUGCCCAUGGAGCACCACAAUAGCGGCCCAGAUAGUAAGCAAAUGAAGCUCAAGGUGCUGUAUGCGCUGGAGGAUCAUACGAACUUCCUUGCGAGGUCCAACAACCUCGUCGACGUGAAAACCGCUAGAAUCCCAAUACCUGGCCAGUCAAGUAUCAUGACCCUGGGAGUGGUUGCUAUGAGACACGUCAUGGCGCCUGUGAUGCAGUCGAGUCCUGAGUUGUUCUCGGACCCCAUGGUGGACUACUCGGUCUACGUGAAGGACAUUACGGAGGAGGAUGAGCCAUUUGUUGGACAAGGUUUGGUGUCGUCCAUUCUCAGCAACAACGGCAAUGCCAGCAACACGUUCCAGGAGGAGAUCUUAGUGCCAGGCAGGGUUUGUUCCAAUUUCGCUUCUCUGCUGAACAAAGGGUCUGUGGAGACUUUGGAAAUAAGGCUCAGAUUAGCAAAAGUGACCAGACACGAGCCUCAACAGCAAUCACAUCCACAAUCACAAGCACAACAACAACUGCAACCUCCAUCACAAGGCUCACGACAACAGCAAAGGACUGCAAACUACAGCCGUCACUCUUCGAUAUCGCAACCGAAGACCACUGGAAAGAGGACUAUUGAGGAGAUGAAUGAAACUAAUGACGAUUUCCAAUUUGCAGAACCUAAACCAAUCCAACAGAAGAAUCAAGUCCAAGCAAGAUAUGUCAAUACAGCACCGGCGCCAAAGGCCGCCAGAACACAAUCUUUACCGACUUUUGACGCGGUCUUAAACCCACCUCCUUUAAUGUCAAGGUUCCCACCUCAGUCCAUUGCUCGUCGGAUCUAUUUGGCUGAUAAGAAUAACGUUAGGCAGCAGCAACAGUAUGCGCUGUCAUCGUCAACUUUCAAUCCUUAUGAACAGGGCACUAAUAAUAAUUAUCAACAAGACGCUGUCACAGAUGUGUCGAAAAGAUUUGCUCCUGACUUCAUUGCCAAGAUCCCCGAUGGGAAGAAAGGCCAUGGCUCGAAAAGAACCGGUGCAAAGAGAAAGCAACAACAGGCUUCAAAUGCCCAGAGCAACACGAGGUCCUCAACGGUGGCCUCUUCUUCACCGAUGACUGUGGAGGAGACCGUUCAUAAACCUCCUAUCUGUUUCCACUGUAAGAAUGUCGAUUCUAAGAACUGGAGAUGGAACGAAGCUGACGAUGAAUCUCAAAGGGGUUUACUGUGCAAUCAGUGCUAUCAAUAUUUGAAAUCCAAUGGGGUCAUGAGACCACAACGGUUAAUUACGAAGCAGAACCAGAUGAAACAGAAGAAAAAGGAUAAACAGCAGACAAGUUCCUCUCCAAAUUCUUCUGGUAACGAUACGAUCACUUCAACCACACCACUUGACCCAGCAUCAAAACCCAAGGAGCAUCCUUCACAGUACUAUUCUUCGGAUCCUAUCACCUCAGUUGACGAUAUGGUUAGCGACUUGGAUUUCCAUUUUGGGCCAAUGACCGAUAUCGACCCACUACCUGUACCGGAUAGCGUUGGGGACGAAGGUGAUAAGGAGAACGUUCCUCCAAGAAGAGCGGUUCAGAGAUCUUGUGAAGCUAUCCCUGUUGGUAAGGCUUCGAGACAAAGUUCAUUUGAGAAGAUGCUUGCGAAAUCGUUCAGUGGUGUUCCGCCCCCAAUGUCACACUCUCCAAGUGAAUGGAUAACGGACCUAUUCAACCAAGAAGGCACAGGACCAACCCCAAAGGAUUUCGACAACAACCUGACACCUGCGGAUUUCGACCACACUCCAAGAGAUAUGACUACGUGUAACACGCUUCCUUGUAACGAGGAAUCUCCAGAGGCUGAUAUCAAGCAAUCUGCUUCGCAACCACAACGAAGACAGAGCCUAUCUCAGAAGGGCAAGGUCACUGUAAUGCCAUCUUCCCCCUUGCUUCUUGUCGAGGAGGACGAUCUGCCGGACAACGGCUCCUCAUCCACGCACUUGACAGCGUCCAAUUCCAAUCUGAUGACCAGUGAUUGGCCCGAGACCGAUGACACAAGGCUCGGGGACGUUGUCGAUGCGCUGCCUCCAAAGGCCCAAUUCACCCAUAACCCCCAACUGGGCAACGAGUUCAGGCAAAGCUAA